AUGGCAAGCACUAGUGUAGACCACAAAGAUAUCGCAGAUAACAUUUAUAACACCAUUGAAAUUCUUAUUGUAGAAGAUGGUAAAGGAAGGAAACAUGAUGUGUUUUCACCUUCUAUAUACAGGGUUCCACAAACUCUCCGAAAUGUCAAUAAAAAUUCAUAUACCCCUCGUGUGGUAUCAAUUGGUCCUUUCCACAAAGAUAUAGAGGUCCUCAAAGAAGCCGAGAAGCACAAAUUGAGUUAUCUGAGUGAUUUGUUUAGUCGUGUAACAUCUUCACGAGAGCAAGCAAUGAAAGCAUGUCUCAAUAUGCUGCUUCCUAAGUUAGACCAAAUCAAGGCAUGUUAUGCAGGCAAAAUGGAAACCUAUGAUGACCAUAAAUUUGCAAAAAUGAUGGUUAUUGACGGUUGUUUCAUACUUGAACUCAUUUACAGAUCAAAGUUUAACAAAAAACCGAGCACAUCAUUUUUUGACAAUAACUUGUUGUUGCUUUAUGUUAAGCACGAUUUGCUGCUUCUAGAAAACCAAAUCCCUUACUUUGUUCUUGUUGAUAUCUUUGAGAACACGAUUAGGAAAUUAGAACCCACGGUUUCUCUUGCUAACCUUGUUCUUGAAUUUCUAAGUGAUAUGAACCCGUUUGGAAAAGAGCUCCUCCUUGACAAAGAUGAAGCAAAUACAAGACAUGAUCAUAUUCUUGGACUACUUCAAAAAUGUUAUCAGCAUGCACACGACACGUUCACAGAACAAUUGGAUCCGGAUUCAGGUGUCAAGUUUCUAAAUGCAAUAUCAUACUCGGUUACAGAUCUUGCAUUGGCAGGGGUGAUGUUUAGGCCUAAUACAGAUGAAGAGUGGCUACUCGCUAUGGAAUUCAAAUCAUCCACGGUUCCAUUAUUUUGUUGUUCAUGGAGUAAGCCUACUUUCAAAAUGCCAUUUUUACAAAUUGAAGACUACACAGAGUCGGUUCUAAGAAACCUGAUCGCGUAUGAACAAUGCUCUCCUGCAAUUCCCAAUUAUGUUACAUCAUAUGCUUUUGCCAUGGAGAGGAUAUUAGACACCAAAGAGGAUGUUCACAAGGUAAUAAGUUCAAAAGUACUUAUAAACAAUUUGGGUUCUAGUGAACAGGCUUCAAAUAUGAUUAACAGCAUAUGUAAAGAGGUGACGGUUAAGGACUUCUGUUACACGCAACAAUGGCAACAAAUGGAGGAUUAUUACAAUGGCUACUGGCCUAAAAACGUUUCAUGGUUAAGGCGUACGUAUUUCAAUACUCCAUGGAGUUUCAUAGCACUAGUUGCUGGAAUCCUUCUUUUCGGUCUUACAGUAGCUCAAACUUACUUCACUAUUCGACCUAUAUGA